GUAUUUCCUUCAGACUCCAGACUGGCUCCGCCUACUCGAGUCUAGUCACAUGGCCGGUCACGUGGUCAUGACAUCAUCAGAGGUCCUUUAGCUGGCGAGGAGAUAGCAUCUACCCAGUGUGUCAUUCUACAGGCGUCUUCUGCUGCUCCCAGGUCCAUGAUGCCUCACCUCCCCCUGACGAUGCCGCCUGACCGCGGGGGCGGGGCACUCUUCGCGGUGCGGAUCACCACCCUGGCAGUGGGAACGGUCUGUCUGCCGCUCUGCGGUUUCGUCUUCUGCGUGCUUUGGUCGCUGAUUUUUAACUUUGAGGAGACCACGGCGACGCACUGCGGGGUUCCUAACUACCUGCCGUCCAUCAGCGCGGCCAUCGGCGGAGUCACCCCACAGAGGUAUAUCUGGCGCCUCUGCAUCGGCCUCCACUCUGCCCCCCGUCUGCUGGGAGCAGUGGUUUACCUCAACUUGUACCUGACCUGGGGCGCCUCCUACUGGAGAUGUUAUAUCAACUUCCUGCUCAAUGGCUUCGAGAUCCUGAGCCUCCUCCUGCUGACCUUCAUCUCCUCCAACGAGAACCACGGGAUCCAUCAGUUGUCUUUUGUCUUCUUCAUAUUCUUCUCCCUCAUGUAUAUGAUGACAACUAUAAGGAUAUGGGGACUAUCCAGGAAAUACUCUGUAAGUGCCGAGGAACAGCGCUCAUAUGUCUGGAAGAAGUGGCUGUUCAUCUUCAACCUGGCAGCCAUCCUGAUAGCCUUCGUGUUUUAUUAUCGUCAUAAUGUGUACUGCGAACCUGGAGUUUACACCUUCUUCGCAUUCUUCGAGUACCUGGUGGUCUUUUCUAACAUGGGUUUCCACAUGACGGCCUGGUUGGAUUUCGGCAGUAAGGAGCUUCUGGUCUCCUCUCUGGAUAAACGCAUCUGAGGAGGAACCGAACACGUUCUGGCGGUCAGUGGUCACCGCGCGGUCACUAUAACACCCGGAGCUAUUGUCCUUCCCACCCCAGAAGACACAGGUCCCUCUCCUGGGAUUGGAUCAGUAGUGGCGUCGGCUGUUGUGCGGUGGUUUCUAGAGGAUUUGCGGUGAAGAUGUUGGUGGCGUUGGAUGUUGUGAAGAUGUGAUUAUACCGCCAUAUAGGUAUAUACCUGCAGGCUGUGCUGCUAUAUCAUGAUUAUUAUCAGUACUGAUGCGGUGUGUAGUGGAUCUGAUCAUGAGAGCGCGUUCUGGAUGACUGUAAUGCUUUCCGUGGUCUCCAGGGGGCGCUGUUUACCUGCAGCGGUAUUACCACCAUAGACGUUAGCGCUUGUGGGCAGUGUGAUGUCGGAUCUGUGGACUC